CUGGGCAUUGUUCACCAAAAUUUUUCUUAUGUUUUGAAAUUUCUAAUAAUUGUUUUAAAGUACUUUAUAAAUUUUUUUCAGCUUCUUGGAUUAAUUGUUUGGCGAUCCGUGUCCAGUGGUUGUUGGUAUAAACCGGAAGAAGAACCACCGUUUUGUAUGUUCAACCGCAGUGAAACAACGUGCUCAGCUACAUCAGCCAUAGGGUUUUUCUCAUUAGCAACGGCAAUCGCACUGCUGAUUAUGGAUGCACAAUUUGAUAAGAUCAGUGCUGUACAAACCCGUAAACGUAUUGUUGUCUUGGAUAUGGCUGUUUCAGGUUUCCUGAUAACUUUUACUUUUAGUUCGAUUACUGAUUUUGCUCCACCAUAUCAAACUGAAUUCACAACUGGUGAUCAACAAAACUAUGGUUAUGGACAACCGGGUCCGGAAGGUGGCACUGGUUAG